UUACUUCGUCAUCAUUGUGUUCACCGUUCCCACAGAAAGAUUCGUCUCUUGUGCAAUUUCACAACAGGUUAUGCGUUGAUUAUCCAGGAUCAGGCAUUCCACAUGUUGAAUGUUCACGGGAAUGACUGCUGUGGGCUGCGAACCACCAUGGCUGAGAUUGUCACUGAUAGACAUACGGCCAUCUUUAAAACGUUUACACCAAUCAAAUGUCUUACUGUGCACAGUAAGUGUCUCACCGUAUGGUGCUUGAAGUCUUCAGUAGAUAUCCGCAGGUUUUACACCUUCAUUCACAAGAAACUUCAUCACCACACGCUGUUCUAUGCACGUACAAGCACUGAUGUCUGCCAU